CUAACAAUUUAAAUUGUAUGAAACAUUCAUAACAAAGUGAUCAAUCUCUUCAUGCAUAAUGUUUAAACAAGAGUCCAAACAAAAGGAUACAUGCAACUAUCAGUUUAGAUAUCAGAAAAUGGUGCAAGGACAUGAUCCUAACAAGCUCGAGUUGUUUAACGGGUUCAGGAGUUAUAACUCCAUGAAAUCGAAUUCGUUUAAGGGUGGUUAUAUUGGUAAAAGGCAUACUUGGAUGCGAAAACAUUUGUCGUCAAUUGUUGUUACAGUUGCAUUGAUGGGAUUUCUUUAUCUUUUGGAUUCUUUCAUCAGUUCGGUCUUUGAACCCUCGGUUAUUCAAAGUAAUUCCAUGCCUAAAAACAUGAUUGUUCCCUUGGAGAUUGGAGAUAGUCGUGGCAAAGAUGUGGUGCAGAUGUAUGAUCGACUCGCAAGCAUGGCUUCUAGUGCUCUUGUAGAGAGAGAGCUUAAACAAGACGAAUCAAAAUUUUGGAAGGAAUCAUAUCGUCAAGCAUCUGAAUGGAGUCCUUGUGCAGAUAGAAAGGAAUCAACAAGCGUACGGACAGAAAAACUUCAAAGCAACACGGGUUAUAUAUUAGUUAGCGCAAAUGGAGGUCUAAAUCAACAACGGGUCGCUGUUUGCAAUGCUGUCGCGGUAGCAUCGUUAUUAAAUGCAACAUUAGUUAUUCCGCGAUUUCUUUUCAGCAAUGUAUGGAAGGACCCCAGCCAGUUUGGUGAUAUUUACCAAGAAGAAUAUUUCAUUAAAACUCUGACGAAUGAAGUUAACAUAGUAAAGGAUCUCCCUCCUCAUUUGAAAUCACUAGAUUUCAAAGAAAUCGGUAGUUUGAUAACUGAUGCGGAUAUGAGCAAGGAGGCAACACCAACAGAAUAUAUUGAAAAAGUACUUCCUCUAUUAUCAAAAAAUGGAGUUGUUCAUUUCCUUGGAUUUGGUAACCGGCUCGGUUUUGACCCGUUACCUUCUCAACUUCAGAGGUUAAGAUGCAAAUGUAACUACCAUGCAUUAAAAUUUGUGCAUAAAAUUCAAGAAACGGGUUCAUUGUUGAUUAGAAGGAUAAGAAAAUACGAUGGCUCGAGGAACAAGUUAGAUAAGCAACUACUAGGAAAGUUCAUCACGGGCUUUCGGUCAAACGGGCCUGAUAUAGAUAGAGAACCACUCAAGUAUAUUGCUUUGCACUUGAGAUUUGAAGUUGAUAUGGUUGCAUACUCUCUAUGUGAGUUUGGUGGUGGACAAGUUGAGAAAACCGAACUCCAAGCUUACCGAGAAGUUCACUUUCCAUUACUCAUGCAACGGUUGAAAAGAACAAGGGCUGUUUCGGCAGAAGAACUAAGGAGGUCGGGAAAAUGCCCGUUAACACCAGAAGAAGCUGCACUGGUUCUAGCUGCGCUUGGUUUCACUAGUGAAACAUACAUAUAUCUUGCAGGUUCUCAAAUCUAUGGAGGAAAGUCAAGGAUGCAACCGUUGACCAAUUUGUAUCCGCAUGUGAUCACGAAAGAAGAUCUUCUCUCCCCAACAGAACUUGCCCCAUUUAAAAACUUUUCUUCUCAGCUAGCAGCACUGGAUUUUAUUGCGUGUGCCACUGCAGACGUAUUUGCUAUAACGGAUUCAGGAAGUCAGUUAUCUUCACUGGUCUCCGGUUUUAGAACAUACUACGGUCGAGGGCAUGCGCCGACGUUAAGACCAAGCAAGAAGAGACUCGCAGAAAUCUUGUCGAAGAAUCAAACUAUAGAUUGGAAGGAAUUUGAAGCAAGAGUGACAAAGAUGAUAUCUGGAGCACAAAGUGUACGAUUGAGGGGUUGGGGCCGAAGCAUUUAUAGACAACCGAGAUGCCCUGAAUGUAUGUGCAAGUUCCAGUAAUGUUUAUUCAAACUGAGAUGCACAUAAGAACAUUCUUUUGUUGUGUAUAUUUUUUUUUUGAGAAGAUGGAAUAAGGAUUAGAGAUUACUAAGAUGGGCAUGUCGAUUUUAGUACGGGUCAAUUAAGUCGAGUUGGCCCGCAAAACCUUUUUUUUGGUCCAUUUCUAAGAUUACUAAAAUAUAUUACUGCAUUAAAAGUGUAGACGACUUUGAACGACUUUCAACCUCUUCU